AUGAUGGUGGUGGUUCAGGCUGCAUUGGCAGGAAAUAGUAUAUUCUACAAACUGGCUUCAAGUAUUGGAAUGAGCAUGAGGGUCUUGAUUGCCUAUCGCUUUGUCAUUGCUGUUGCCUUCAUUGUCCCUCUUGCUCUACUCCUUGAAAGAGGAUCAAUGGCACAAAAUUUAUACGCCGAGGGUUUCGUUUUGACGUCAGCGACCUUUGCUGCUGCUUUGUACAAUCUCAUCCCUGCCUGCACCUUCAUUUUGGCCGUCUUUUUCCGGAUGGAGAGGCUGGGAUUGGGUACAACGAUAGGCAAGAUGAAGGUGGCAGGGACAUUGAUGUGCAUAGGUGGGGCCAUGCUACUCAUCUUCUACAAAGGGGUAGAGCUCAACAUCUCGUCAACCAAUGUUGACCUUUUGCAUUACAAGGGUGGACACGUGGCAACACUACACCCACAUGAUAGUAAUAACGUGGUGGGAGCUUUAUUGGUUGUGUCCUGUUGUGUCUCUGUUGCAAUAGGAUUGAUUGUUCAGGCUAAGAUGAUACAGGACUAUCCUUGUGUGUACUCCAGCACUGCUUUGAUGAUGACGAUGGCAGCAAUCCAAGCCAUUGGAUUUGCACUCUGCAUGGAUAGAGAUUGGAGUAAGUGGAAACUAGGAUGGAAUCUAAGACUACUAACCGUCUCUUAUUCGGGGAUUGUGGCUAGUGGAGUAACGUUUACCGUCAUGGCUUGGUGUGUACAAAUAAGGGGUCCACUGUUUGUAUCAAUUUUUAGCCCCGUGAUGCUUGUUCUUGUGGCAAUAGCUGGCUUAUUGCUAUUGGACGAGAAGCUACACUUGGGAAGUGUGUUAGGAGCUGGGGUAAUAGUGUGUGGAUUAUACAUAGUCUUGAAGGGAAAAAGUAAAGAGUUGAAGAGAAUUACACAACUGAUGCCAUCAAAGAGCUCCAAAGAAUCGGAACAUAUCGAUAUCAUAGUCACUUCUUUGACAGAAAACAACAAUGGAAGUAGUGACAACAUCACAGUGGUGGAAGAAGAAGAAGAGGAAGAGGUAAGUUCAGAGGUAGAAGGGGUUUUCAAUCUGGACCAGAUGAGUUCACACGAGAUAGUAGCAAUCUGAAUCUGUAUUUGAUUUACAUUGGAUUAGGUUAAUUUCGUUCGAUUGACUGAAG